AUGGCCAACUACGAAUAUUCGUCAUACUCAUCAUCAACCGGCGGUGGUGCUGGUGGAUUAGAUGCUUCAGGAGCAGCCUUCUCCAACGUUGAUGCCAACAAAGAUGGCGCAAUCGAUCGCGCUGAAUUUGCCAAUUGGCUUGGUGCUGGUGGUGCUGGUGGUGCUGGCGGUGCUGGCGGUGCUGGUGGUGCUGCAUUCGGUGUAGGUUUAGGAGGAGCUGGUGGUAGUUAUGAUUCGUCAUCGUACGGAUCAUCAGGUUAUUCAGCUGGAGGUGCUCUCGGUGUUGAUGCCGGUCUUGUCAGUCUCGGCGGUCUCGGCGGUCUCGGAGGCGGUGCUUCUUAUGAAUCAACAGCCUACUCAUCAGGUGCUGGUGCUGGUCUUGAUCUUGGUUUUGCCGCUGGUGCUGGUGCUGGUGGUGCUGGUGGUUUUCAAGGAACAUCAUUUGAAACAGCUGCCGGUGGUUAUGAUGUUUCAGCAAUUAACCAAGCAGCUAGCUACACAGCUGAAACCAAUGCUGCCUGGUCACGAUAUGGUGCCGAAGUACGUGGUGCUGGCCUCUAUAUUGAUGCCAAUCCACAAAUAAUUCGACGACAAGCACCAGGUGGUGUUCAAACCUAUACACAAAACAUCAAAGUCCGCUUUCUCCAACCACCACCUGUUCCACCCCCAGGCCCACUCAUCAUCAGAGAAGUGCGUCCACCUCAACCACCAGUACCACCCCCACUUCGCAUCAGACAACAAGCACCACCUCUUCCAACACCUCCUCCACUCGUUCUUCGUGAAAGACCACCACAGCCACCAGCUGUUAUUGCUUCACAAACAGUUAUCCGAAAACUUGCUGCUUUACCAGUACCUCCACGAUCAGUCAUCAUUGAACGUCUUCCAGCAGCUCCACCCCGACCACGUGAUGUCAUCAUCGAACGUUGGAUUCCAUAUGGUCCUGCUCCUAAACGACAAACCGUUGUCCAAAGAGCUGCAGCAGCUAAAGGAUAUGCUGCACCACGUAAUGUUAUCAUUCAAUACGAACAAGCUCCAGUUCGUGUUGUCCGACAAUUCGUACGAUUGGGUGUUACACAAGAAAACCCAUCUAUCUACGUUCAACGAUAUGGAGCAGCUUUACUUGAUGCUCACGCUCUUCUUGCACAAGCUCGUGCUGCUGGUGUUGUUGAAGAUAUCUCUCCUCCUGCUGGUGUUGCAGUUGGUUAUACCGCAUCAUCAUCAUUUGGCUCCGAUGCAGCCCUCCUCGCUGGUGGCGCUGGUGGCGCUGGUGGAGCUGAAUUUGUUAAUGUAGCUGGUGGAGAUUUAGGUGGUGCUUCAUCAUCAUUCUCAUCCAGCAGCUUCGAUUCAUCCACAGGCGGUGGACUCGGUGGUCUCGUUGGUGGUGGAUUAGAAGCAGGUUAUAUUGGAGGAGCUGGUUUAGUCGGAGGAGCUGGUGGCAACUAUUCAUCAAACUUCGAAUCAUCAUCAUUUUCAUCAGGUGCCGGUGGUGCUGAAGGCUAUGGUGCUGGUUAUGGUGUUGGUGGUGGUGCUGGUUAUGGUGUUGGUGGUGGUGCUGGUUAUGGUGUUGGUGGUGGUGCCAGUUAUGGUGUUAGUGGUGGUGGUGCUGGCUUUGAUCUUGCUUCUGCAACUUUCAGCAGCGCUGAUGCCAACAAAGAUGGACGUCUUGAUGCUGGUGAAUUCCAAAAAUUCGUUCAAGGCGGUUUAUAA